AUGAACGCUCUUGCAAGGCUUUUAUUUAUAGCAGUGGCCUUGCUGCCUGGCAGUAUGACAAGCUCGAAUAAGGGUGAGCCCAGCUCGGAUGAGUUGACACGCAUCGUUGGUGGCUCGGAGGUCCCACAGAACGAAUAUGUGCCCUAUCAGAUCUCCUUGCAGUACCAAACAAAGCGGGGAAUCACGCAUUUCUGUGGUGGAUCGAUCAUAGCACCCAAUCGGAUACUGACUGCCGCUCACUGCUGCCAAGGUUUGAAUGUGACGCGUAUGACCGUAGUGGCGGGUGUGCGAAACCUAGACGAUCGCACCGGUUACAGGUCGAAGGCUCUGAAUUGUACCACCCACCCCGACUACACGGCUUUGGACACCAGCGACAUAGCAGUGCUCAGCAUCGAUCCCCCACUUAAGUACAACAAUCAUACAAUUGCACCGAUUUCGGUAAAAGGGAAAGAGUUCGUACCCGGCAAUGUGUCCGUAACAGUAACCGGCUGGGGUCGACGAUUCGCAAUAUCCUUACCCUUUUUAGAACAGUUCAUAUAUCCCAACAGUCUACGGCGCAUGAACUACGCCACCAUAACAAAUGAGAAGUGCCGCGCUAGACUUAUGACUAAAGUAACAGAGAGGGACAUAUGCGCACAGGGCCUCUUUAGAGGAGUGUGCACUGGUGAUUCUGGUGGACCACUGGUGAUGAAAACCAGCAAAGGAGUACACCAAGUUGGAGUCGUCGCCUAUGGUCUGGCAAUAUGUGGUUUGUCCAUCACCCCAGAUGUCUACACCAGGGUCUCCGCUUUCAGUGACUGGAUACAAAAGCAACUCUAGAUGUGUAAAUACUGGCACUACUGAUUCAUAAUCAAUGUGUUGUGAACCAUUUUUAAUAAGGAUUGAUUUGAAAGUUGUUCGCAACUUGUAUAAAUUUGUUCUCAUUUGUAUAAAAUAUUCACAAACUAA